UAAGAGAUAUUGUGGAUCUGUUACGGAUCCUUAGCGCUUGUGCGGUGACAAAUAUCGACACAGAGUGGACCAGGAGCGGUGACUUUAGACUUUUAUUUUUGUAGAGCUCUCUUUUUUUCAGAGCUGUAUCUUCUCAGUUUUGAUAGAAGUCAAACUUUUAGACCUGACGCGCUCUCUUCCCAAUUCUGUCGUCUUAAUAACACUGUAAAUGUAGGCCCGCAGUGAGGUGGCUCAGUGUUACUCUACACAUGGAGACUUCCAGGAUGAGCCAGCGGGUGUUUUAAUAGAAUUAUUUGACCAGGAGACGAGCUGAUCGGUGUGAUGAAGGAUCGACUGGCUGAACUAACCGCUAGUACGACACAAGCAGAGGAGGAUGUUGCAGUCACAGUGGACAGAGAUGGCUUCAUGGAAAGCUUUUUCAGGAGGGUGGAAGAAGUUAGAGGACUCAUUGAUAAGAUCUCCUACCAAGUGGAGGAGGUGAGGAAGAUGCACAGCAUGAUCCUGUCUGCACCCAACCCUGAUGACAGAACAAAGGAUCAGCUGGAUGCGCUGACCAGUAAUAUCAAAGGGAAUGCCAACGUUGUGCGAACGAAACUAAAAUCCAUGGAGCAAAGUAUGCCCAAAGAUGAUGUGGUUAACAGAUCCUCAGUUGACUUCAGGAUCCAGAAAACACAGCACACAGUGCUGUCCAGGAAGUUUGUGGAGGUCAUGACCCAGUACAACGAGACGCAAGUGUCCUUUCGGGAAAGAAGCAAAGGAAGGAUCCAGAGACAGCUGGAGAUAACUGGAAGAGUGACGACUAAUGAGGAGCUGGAGGAGAUGUUAGAAAGUGGAAAUCCAUCGAUCUUCACAUCUGAUAUCAUUUCUGAUUCCCAGAUCACACGUCAGGCCGUAAAUGAGAUAGAGUCAAGACACCAGGACAUCAUGCGUCUGGAGUCGAGCAUCAGAGAGCUGCAUGCCAUGUUCAUGGACAUGGCAAUGCUGGUAGAGACGCAGGGGGAUAUGGUUAACAACAUUGAGAAGAACAUCUCCAAUGCGGCCGAAUACAUUUUUCGUGCAAAGGAAGAGACCAAGAAAGCAGUGAGAUACCAGAAAAAAUCCCGGAGGAAAUACAUUAUCCUUGCCUUUGCUCUGUUGAUCCUGCUUGCUGUCAUUGCACUAAUUGUUGGCCUGUCUGUUGGACUAACUAAACCUCCUGUAUGAGACCUACUGUGAUUACUGCGUGAGAAACUUCUCUGCCUUGCUACAUGUGGUGCUGCAGGUUUCCUCCUUUUACUCAUCAUAAUAGUUGGAGUCUUUGAGUGAUGGAUAUCAUGGUUCACAACCUUACAGCAGUCAGCUGCUCCUGUGGUGAUGAGGCAGGGAGCAGCUUUAUAAUAAGACUGCCAUUCACUAUCCAACAGCAUUACAGAGAUGAUCUCUUGACCAGAGUGAAGUAAGUAUAAUGCGUGUGUGACCCACUUUGUGCAAGUAACAUCAGACCUCAUGAUACACUGUUCUUGAGCAAUUUUAUACAGCUAGAAUAAAGUGUCCUGUCUGCACAUAUCGCUUUGCCUUAGAUGAGAUGUAAUGAAAACUGACAGCACAUCAGAUUUAUACGCUGGUGUACGUCCUGUAUUGCUGCCAUUUUUUUUUUCAUGUUGGGUAUCACUUUUGGACAUUUCUUGGUCUAAUGGCUUUAAAGGACUAGUUUGACGUUUUGAGAAAUCUGCUUAUUGGCCUUCUUGCUGACAGAUGAGAAGAUUUAUGCCAUUCUCAUGUGUGUAUGGUGAAUAUGAAGCUACCACCUGCAGCCUCAUAGCUUAGCUUAACAUAAAGACUGGAAAAACAGCUAGCCUGGUUCUGUCCAAAGGUCCAAACAAAGCUCAUGACACGUCAUGGUUUUAGGGGGUAUUAUGUGCCAAACAAUUUCUUGGCCAGGUGUAGUGUCUUCCUGGAGUCUUGCUGCCAUUGUGAGGUUUGUUCGUAGGCCAGGCAACUAGUGGACGCUCCAGGAAAUCACUGAUGCUGGUACAUCCAUACACCCCUCUUAAAACUACAAUGAACAGAAUAAACAAACAAGAUAUGACAUGGUAGACUGUGAGCCUUAGAUACGCCUUUUAGGCUAAUUUUGUUACCUUUGGACAGAACUGUUUCCCUUAGUUUCCUUUCUUUGUACUGAGCUAAGUGGUUGGCUGCAGCUUCGUAUUUAGCAUGGAGAUAUGAGAGUGGCAACAGUUUUCUCACUUUACUUUCAGAAAGAAAUUGCUUAUAUAAACUAUUGUAUAAUCCUUAUGUCCUCAUUGUCCUUUUGUAUAUUUACUGUUAUUCAUGUGAACUGAAUGUAAAACUGCUGCAGCUCAGGACUCUUGUAGGAAUAGCAAAAUGUAAAAAAAUAUAGAUAUACAUAUAUUCCCUGUAAGAAUUUCUACUGAAUUCUGUUUUAAUCGGAAGAAAUAUUUUCAGAUCAAACGAAUGGGAUUCAUCAAUUCAUUUCAUAACUCUUAUAAAAGUGCCUUCUUGAUAUUUAAUAUGAAACUUUAACUUAUUCAGUUGUGUUUAUCCCAAUCACUGUGUGUGAUGACUGAAAUAUUAAUUGUGAAAAAAGUCAUGCUGGACUCUUGGAUGAUAUUUCAAGAGCACACGUUUUCAAUUUGAUACAUUUUAUUAAUGUUUUUUUUUAUGUUUUUAAGUUAUAUCUUGUAUUUUAUAUUGAAGCAGAAUAAUUAAGCCAGGUAUUUGAAAAUAAAGAGUAGAAAGUC